GUCCGCGGCCGGAAGUUGUCAGCUGUGAGUCUGACACCCGGAGCGGGUCACUCUUUAUACCGGAAGCGGGUGACAGCGGAGAGAUGAGCGGCGAGGAGGAGCCGUCCGGGCUGUUUGACAACGAAGACCCCGAGGCCGGAGAGGAGGCCCCGGGCCUAGAGGGGGCGGAAGUGAUGUCGGGGGAAGACUCUUUACUGAAGAAGUUUGAGAUCAGCGUUUCAGAAGCCGAGAAGCGGAGCGGGAAGAACGCGAUGAACAUGCAGGAAACGUACACGGCGUAUUUGAUUGAGACCAGGAUGCUGGACGCCCACAGUGACGGACACGCCUCCCUGGACUGCCUGUGGAGGCGAUACAGCGAGUUUGAGUUGUUGCGCACUUACCUCUCCAUCACCUAUCCGUUCGUCGUCGUCCCCCCACUGCCGGAGAAAAGGGCUGAGUUCGUCUGGCACAAGCUCUCAGCUGAUAACAUGGAUCCUGACUUUGUGGAGCGCAGGAGGAUCGGACUGGAGAACUUCCUUCUGCGUGUGGCGUCGCAUCCCGUCCUAUGUCACGACAAGAUCUUCAGUUACUUCCUUAACCAGGAGAACGGCUGGAAGGAGGCGCUGAACGAGGCCGGACUACAAGUAAAGACGGACUCCAGGCUGAAGUCACUGAAUGCGACUUUCCGUGUCAAAAACCCAGACAAACGCUUUACGGAGCUGAAACAUUACAGCGACGAGCUGCAGUCCGUGGUCUCUCACCUCCUGCGGGUCCGUGCGAGAGUGGCCGAUCGGCUCUACGGCGUGUACAAGGUGCAUGGCAAUUAUGGUCGAGUCUUCAGUGAAUGGAGUGCUAUAGAAAAGGAGAUGGGCGACGGUCUGCAGAGUGCCGGACAUCACAUGGAUGUGUACGCUGCGUCUAUUGAUGACAUCCUGGAGGAGGAGGAGCACUACGCCGAUCAGCUGAAGGAGUAUUUAUUCUAUGCUGAAGCGCUGAGGGCCGUGUGCAGGAAACAUGAGCUCAUGCAGUACGACCUGGAAAUGUCGGCGCUGGAUCUGGCCUCGAAGAAGCAGCAGUGCGAGGAGCUGGCCACCGGGACGGUGAGAACAUUUUCGAUAAAGGGAAUGACCAGCAAACUGUUUGGUCAGGAGACUCCGGAGCAGAGAGAGGCCAAAAUCAAGCUGCUGGAGGAACAGAUAGAAGAGGGCGAGGAGCAGCUGAAGGUGCAGAACGUAGAGAGCAGGGACUUUGUGCAGAACGCUUGGCUGGAGAUAGAACGCUUCAAGGAUCAGAAGAACCGGGACCUGAAGGAGGCCCUGAUCAAUUACGCUGUCAUGCAGAUCAGCAUGUGCAAGAAGGGCAUCCAGGUCUGGACUAACGCUAAGGAAUGUUUUAGUAAGAUGUGACCCCGGGAGCCCAGCGUGUCGGGUCCUCAAGUCGCUGAGCUAGAAGCUGCAGCCUGAUCUCCUAGGAAGUAGGGCGUCCUCUGCCUCGACCAUGGGACUUCUGGAGCACUUCAAGUGUCUUUUCUUGUAACUGGAGGUGUUAUGGCGGUCGGCCACAAAGGACGGUUCAGCUUUCAUGCCAAGGCUUUCUUCCCGAUUGUUUGAUCUGUCAUGGCCCAGGCCUCGUGCCAACAGAUCUGCUGCAGAAUCCUUAUUCCUUCAUUUUCCAGAGCUUAAGGAAUUCCGAGUUCCCUGGAGCACAUGUAAGGAAAGGUUUAAUGUGACAGUCAGUGAAUAGAAUUUCCUGCUCCCCGGUGCUUACUCCUUAGCCAUGUACCUAAACGUGGGCAGCCACGUGGACGCAUUGGGUAGGCCGCUGCCAGCACCGUCACUUUGUGCCUUAGUGAUGUCACUAGGUCUUGAAGAACUGGCAGGGGGGGAGAAGUAGAUCAGCCCUGACUUGGAGGUAAUGGGCCCCAUCUUUAAGGUGUUUUUUAGUAAAGCUGCAGCCUGAUAUCACAUGUGGCCCUUCUGUGUCCCUGUUCAUGUAGGACCCCAAUAUUGUGCCUAUUAAAGGGCUGGAACAGGCUGCUGAUAAUUAAAGCUUCACUGCAACUUUCUGAUAGAUUUUUGGGUUUCAGUUUCAUUUUUGCAUAAGAACCUGGCCCGACGUGAUCCUGCUCACACAGCUGAGGGUUUGUUUCAGUUGUUUCCAGUGAUGAGAGAUGCACUGCUCUUGUGUUCACCUUAUAGGACAUCAGCUCUGUGAGCAGGACCAGGGCAGGGUGGGAUUUCUGGCUGUAAACACUAAGUUCACUGACAGCAAGCAGAGAUGUUGAUAAUAGUGAGUUCUGUAUAUAAGGAUUAAUCAUUGAGCCGGAGCGGCUCGUUCGCACCGUCCCGCUCUGUCUUGUCCUCCCCCCUCCUCGGUGCCGAGAACCGUUCACAUUCCUUGUGCCAAAUCAUCAAUAAAUUGUAAUCGUCUGUU